AUGGUAAGUCGGUAUGGGGGAAUUUUUGGGAGUUUUAAGACUUUUUCAUUGAAUAAUAAUAUUUUUCAAAUGAAUUUUCUGAAUUUUGAAAUAGAUACCAAAUAAAAUCCAUGUGAAGUUCAUGUUUUGAAAUUAGCCUCGGAAACCUAAAGCAAACUAGAUUUAAAAUUAUAAAUUUCAAGGUAAUCCUGAUUUUUUCAAAUUUAGGUCUAGAAAUCCUAGUUUUCGUGAAGCGGUAUCCUAAUGUCUAGAAGCCACAUCCAACGUGAGGAUCCACUCUGACAAGGAACCGCGCCUUGAGAGUGUCAAGGAUAGGAAGCCUGAAAAACUUUACAAUUUUUCAGAGAGUCGCUGUAACAUUAGCCCUUGUCGUCGUAUCUGCCAAUGCCUUUCUCUUCCCAAUGGGUGGCGGUGGCGGAGGUUGUGGAGGAGGAUGUGGUGGUGGCUGCGGAGGUGGGGGUGGCGGAGGCGGAGGAGUAAGUCUCUCACUUUCCUCACACUCAUUACUCAUAAUAUUUUGUUUCAGUGUCUUCCAACCCUCGGUUGUUCAGUUGUCUCAUUCAAUGUUCCAACAUUGAAAUUGCCGCCACCACCACCACCGCCAUGUGGCGGAGGAUGUGGAUGUGGUGGAAGAAAGAAGCGUGAGGCUGGAGAAGGGGCUGAUGCCAGAUGCAAUAAUCCAGAGCUCAGAAAAAUCAUUUUGAACUCGAUUCGUUCGACUACCAAAGAUUCACGUGAUAAUAUUGUCAACAGUUUGAAGGAAAAAUUCGAAGGAGUUAGGUAGGUAGCAAAAUAAGAUAGAACUAUUUUAGUAAGAUCAGGAUUACUGUAGCUACUAUGAUACCACUUCUACAGUAUUAAAACAAAACACUAGAACUUGUAGAUCAAAAUAAUCUGUGAAAUAUUUUUUAAAUUCAAUUUUAUCCAAUUUAAAGUAAAGUAUUUUUAGAUUACUGUAGAUAUCUACCGUAGGCUAGGAAGUAUCACCUAUUUUGUGUAAAAUAACACAUCUUAAAUCGGGGAUUACUGUAGACAAAAUUAAGAAUUUUUGAGAACAUUUUAGAAUACUGUAGCUCUGAUCGAUUUUUAAGAAAACUAUUGAAAAAUAUUUCUCUUAAAAAUCAAAAGCUUUACUGAAAACCGGGCCAAACAAAAGUUCCAAAAACCUUUAACAUUUGUAUGUCCCUUCGAAAGUUUCAAUACCGAACUCCAAAAAUUCCAGAUACUUGGUAACAUGUAUCGAAGGAGACAGCGAUUUCGCCUCAUCAGCCACCGAUUUCUGUGCCGAUGGAACUCCACAACAAACUUGCUACAUCUCAAAAGCCACCGAUUAG